GCAGCGAAUGAACGCGGGCGGCCGGGGCCUUAGCCUGCUCGUGGGCGCGUGCGCGGGUCCCGAAACCCUGGCGGAGCGCAGCGCGAAUGGAGGCCUGAGGGCGGCGGGGGCGGGGCGUGCCGCGAGCGGGGGCCUCGGCCGCGGCGGGCGCCGUCUAGAGGAGGCCCGGCCGGCCGCCACCACGCACUCGGGAGCCGGGAAGCGCAGGCGGGUCACGCCGUGGGCCGCGGCGGCGAUGCAGCGACGGCGGCGCGCUCCGCCCGCGUCUCAACCGGCCCAGGACGGCGGGCGAAGCGAGGAGGUGGAGGUGCAGUUCUCCGCCGGGCGUUUGGGCUCGGCCGCGCCGGCCGGGCCCCCCGCGCGCGGCCCCGCCGAGGACGAGGAGCGGCUGGAGCGCGAGCACUUCUGGAAGGUCAUCAACGCGUUCCGCUACUACGGCACCAGUAUGCACGAACGAGUGAACAGAACAGAAAGACAGUUUCGAUCACUUCCUGAUAACCAGCAGAAACUGCUUCCUCAGUUUCCUCUUCACUUGGACAAGAUCCGGAAAUGCAUUGACCAUAAUCAGGAAAUACUGCUGACCAUUGUGAAUGAUUGCAUACAUAUGUUUGAAAAUAAAGAAUAUGGAGAAGAUCAGGCCAAUGGAAAGAUUAUGCCAGCAUCUACAUUUGACAUGGAUAAGUUAAAAUCUACGCUGAAACAGUUUGUAAGAGACUGGAGUGAGACCGGGAAAGCAGAAAGGGACGCCUGCUAUAAGCCAAUCAUUAAAGAGAUCAUCAAAAAUUUUCCAAAAGAGAGAUGGGAUCCUUCUAAAGUAAAUAUUCUGGUACCUGGUGCUGGACUAGGAAGAUUGGCCUGGGAAAUAGCUAUGCUAGGUUAUGCUUGUCAAGGAAAUGAAUGGAGUUUUUUUAUGCUCUUUUCUUCCAACUUUGUACUCAACAGAUGUUCUGAAAUUAACAAAUAUAAGCUUUACCCCUGGAUCCAUCAGUUUAGCAAUAACCGGAGGUCAGCUGAUCAGAUCCGACCCAUCUUUUUCCCUGAUGUUGACCCCCACAGUCUUCCUCCUGGUUCUAACUUUUCGAUGACAGCAGGAGACUUUCAGGAGAUUUACUCAGAAUGCAAUGCCUGGGACUGUAUUGCCACCUGUUUCUUCAUAGACACAGCUCACAAUGUAAUUGAUUAUAUCGAUACAAUAUGGAGAAUACUCAAGCCAGCACUGGGGAUAGAACCUAAGGCCUUGGGCAUGGUAGGCAAGCGCUCUAUCCUUCAGUUACUCUUUGCUUUUACCAAAAACCUAAAGUACGGGCUGAAGCAAGCCCGUCACGGUUUGCAUAUUUCUGCCAGACACCGGAGAGGUCCUGGAACCUGCGGGCCGCUGCGGGCUAGGCAGACACUUCCGCCGCCCCAGGAUGGCAGCACAGAAGAAAGGGCCCCAGUCCACUAG